AUGACAGAUAAAGAAAAAGAGGGAGAAGAGGAUCUUUCUUCUCCCUCUCCUUCUACUGCAGCAGCAACAGCAACAGCAGCAGCAGGAGAAGAAGAAGACCAACAAUCCUCUGCAGCAUCAGCAGCAGAAGACGAAGAGGAAGAAGAACAAUCCUCUGCAGCAUCAGCAGCAGAGGAGGAAGAAGAAGACGACGGCGAAGAAGAGGAGGAACAAUCCCCUGCAGCAUCAGCAGCAGAGGAGGAAGAAGAAGACGACGGCGAAGAAGAGGAAGAACAAUCCCCUGCAGCAUCAGCAGCAGAAGAAGGAGAUGAUGAUGAAGAAGAACAGUCUUCUACAGCAGCAGCAGAAGAAUCAGCAGCAGCAGCAGCAGCAGCAGCAGCAGAAGAGGAACAAGAAUCGCCUAAAGCAGACAAAGAGUUAGAUACAUCAUCAGAGACAGCUACAACAGCAGCAACAGCACAACCAACAACAGAACCACCACCAACAGGAGCAGAAGCAGGAGAAGAAGAAGAAGAAGCAGGAGGAGGAGGAGGAAAGGGAACAAAUUCUUCUUCUUCUUCUUCUUCUUAUAUAAUGGAUGGAUAG